GCGCUCCCGGUGACGUGAAGCGGAGCGCUCACAGCAAAAGUUUUUUUAAACAGUCUGUUGUCCUGCAGCGCGCGCACACCUCUCCUUUUACAAACCUCUUGUCAAAAUGUUUUUCUGCCUCAGACGCAACCUUUGGCUCGGCUGAACCCGCCAUGUAGCCUGCGCGCGCUGAACGGAGCUCUGGGGGAUAUUUCAGUUGAUCUUGCGGUGCGGGAGCAGCAGAGCGCGUGGUUUCUUGGUCUGGUGUGCGGGAUACGGUCACCGCCGGGGCGGACAGGCCACCAUGCUCCGGCCGUGGGCUGCGUACUGCAUCGCAGCUGUGCUCCUCUGUGGGGCGGUGGCACAGUACUCCAGCGACCAGUGUAGCUGGCGAGGAAGUGGUUUGAGCCACGAGUCUCAUCGCAGAGAUGUGGAGCAGGUCUACCUACGCUGCUCUCAGGGCUCUCUGGAAUGGCUCUACCCCACAGGAGCCAUCAUUGUCAACCUGCGACCAAACACAGAGUCCUCAUCAGGACACAUGGCAGGUCUCCAUGUGUGCAUCCAACCCCACUCUUACUCCCAGGGUUCUCAUGUGUACCUGGAGCGUGCUGGGGAUCUGACGCUGCUGCUGGCAGAGAAGGACCACGCUCAGGGCACAGUGCACUGUUUCAGCCUGGCAGAGGGAGCUCUCUUUGUGGAGGCCCUCCCUCAGACAGACAUCAGCCGGAGGAUCACAGCUUUCCAAUACGAGCUGGUGCCCAGUCAGGGGCCCGGGGCACACAUGUACCCAUACCUGCACCCUGGUUUAGCCACCUGUAAACCCUGUUCAGAUGAAGAGGUCCUUAUGGCUGUGUGCACCAGUGACUUUGCUGGCAGUGGCAUCUUUCGAGGUGUGGCAUCAGGUACUAACGACCAGUCCCCUGUUGCGGUGACUCUGAGUCGGCUGUUCCGUCAGAAGAGCAGGCUGUUUGCUUGGAGUGGAGCCAGAGGGCGGCGUUGGAUUGGACGUAUCAAUGUUCCCGAACAGUGCAGUGUGCACCCUGGAGGGGAUGAGUACCUUUUGACUGGCUCUGUCCAUUUUGGCGAAGCCUGGCUUGGCUGCGCACCUCGCUACAAGGACUUCCUGAAGCUGUACAUCACAGCACAGAAAACGGGAACAAACCCCUGUCAGAUAGACACAGACUGAAAGAUUAUCUUCAUGGUUCUGAGUAAAACAGGGUGGAGCACUGACUUAAAAAAGUCAGUAAGAGACACAAAGAGUAACAGAGAAAUAAGCAGUUAUGCACCCUUGGCCAUUAUUAAAGGCUACUUCUGCAGCUUUUCAAUGCUGUGCAAUUUAUUGUUGCCUUGCAGCAGAAAAGACAGUUUGAACAUUUUAGCAGCUAGUGUGCUGCCUAAACUAAAAUGUCCCCAUUUGACUGUACUUGUAUACUGUCUGUGUAAAUGUGUUCGUGCAUGAGUGAGACAGCGAAUGAAUGAAUGAUAAGCUUAAAUUAAUUUUGUGCCUUACUGGUUAAAGUUUUUAAUCUCAUGACGAUACCGCUUGUGUGAUCAUUCUUGAAAUGAAAGUUUGCUUUGUAAAAAGCUUUCUGUAAAAUUUAGGAGUCUUCUGAGAGAAGUGUACAGUACGCAGCUCUGUGAGUCUUUAUGUACUAAGUGUGUGUGUGUUGCUAAUGAGUUCAAAGGGUCUAUAUAUUUGCAGAAAAUAAAAAGCUAUCCUUCA